AUGCCAGCAUCGAAAUCCUCAUUCCCAGGCCCGAGAGCUCUAGCCUUUUCAGCCAUCACGAUAUGCGCCGGCGUCCUUCUCGCCCGCCCAUUCAAUCGCUUCACCACCGUUCUCGGCGUCUUCCGCCAGCCCGUCAACACCGCAGUCAAUGAUGCAGACUUUGUCACGAUCGACGACACGAUGCUCUGCGAGGACAUACAUCUACAUUCGUCCAGCGGGUUGCUUUUCACAGCUUGUGAGGAUUCUUACGGGCCGCGCUUUUCGUGGUUCCCUGGUCUUGGCGUUCUCCAUGAUCCCCUCACGGCUAGCAAGUCGCGUGGGUCUAUCCACGUCAUAGAUCCCAAGACGUUCACGUCCAAGAGACUGGAGUUUGAGAAUUUUGCUGGGCCGUUUGUAACACAUGGUAUUGACGUUAUAUCGGAUCCGGAAGCUCAGGACAGUGUCUAUAUUUUUGCUGUCAACCACGUGCCUCAUCCGGACUAUCUUCAACACGUCGUCGAUGGAAAGAGUCAUGAUAAGUAUGCUGGGAACAAAGCUGCUUCUCAAAUUGAGAUAUUCCACCAUCGUGUGGGAUCUACAAGUGUCAACCAUAUCCGGUCUAUCAGUCAUCCGCUGAUCCAAACCCCGAACGACAUUGUUGCGGUUUCUCCUACAAGCUUCUACGUCACGAACGAUCAUCACUAUCGCGAGGGCUUCCUUCGACACGUUGAGGAUAUGUACUAUGGCGGUAAAUGGACCAACACAAUCUUCGUGCAGAUCAAAGACAUAGCGGCCAAAGAUUCGGACGCAGGUAUUGAGGCUACUGUCGCGCUCACAGGCCUUCACAACAACAAUGGCCUCGGUCACGGCAGAACCCCCAACGAGAUAGCCAUCGGAAGCGCUUCUAGCGGAGACCUUCACAUCGCCAACAUCCAGCCUAACCAAACCCUCAAGGUCCUAGAAACGAUCCCACUUGACGUGUGCGUUGACAACCCCUCUUACUUCUCUGACUCAUUCGCAAGUGUCGACGGAGACAGCAGUGGUUUCAUCUCCUCAGGCCUGUCAAAAGGUUUUGAACUCGGGAAAUCAAUUGGAGUUGCCGAUGGGACCGAGCCAGUUAUGAUCUGGCUGGUGAAGCCGAAGGAUGGCAAGUGGGAGAGGAAACUCCUUUUUGAAGACGACGGAAAGAGGUUGAGGUCGGCAGCUACAGCGGUGUUGAUUGGAAUUGAUCCUGCGCUGGAGGGAGGGAAGAAGAAGGGGUGGUUGUUUGCUACGGGAUUCUACUCGAGAAGUGCCGUUGCUGUCAAGGUUGAUCUUUAA